AUGCCACACUCACACUCUGACGCAGAGAUCGAAGAAGAACAACGUCACUUUUCAAACGUGGUCACAACUUUUCAAAGAUACGCGUCUUAUUCCAUAGCAACCAACAAUCGACGUCGAAAAGACAUCUUCACGCUGCCCAAAUCCGAUCAGGAAUUGCUCACUUCGCUUGGGUACAAGGAAAAGUUAGAUGCGGUGGAUAAGGCUAUAUUCGCCAAUGCCGAGUUUUUGAGCCAGAUUAUUGCGGAUCCUGAGAUAUUUGGACAUGAGGUUGGUGAUGCUACGGAUGGAGAUGGGAAUGAUCUGAAUCCAUAUCUUUCUGGGCAAAAACCUCACUCCCAUAGUCAUGAUCACGAACACUCGUCAGCACCGCGAAAAUCAAACAAGUAUCGACCUAAUGAAGGUGACAUGGAUAAAGUCGCAAGUACCCUCAAGCAGUUCGUACGUGACUGGAGUGAAGAGGGUAAAGAGGAACGCGAGAUGUCGUACGGACCGAUGAAAGAAGCCCUUUUGGCACAUUUCCAUGAUGUUCCGGAACGUGAGAGGCGAAAGUUGCGCGUUCUCGUUCCGGGUGCAGGCUUAGGACGGUUAGCAUACGAUGUAGCAAGUCUUGGCUUUACUUGCCAAGGAAACGAAUUCUCGCAUUACAUGCUCCUCUCUUCCUACCUCAUCCUCAACAAAACAACUCAAGCAAAAUACCACACUAUCUACCCUUAUAUCCAAACCUUUUCCAACGUUCAAAACCGGGAAACUCUCCUCCGAGCGAUAUCCAUCCCAGACGUCGUGCCCUCUCUCCCCCGCAACUCGGAUUUCUCGUUGGUUGCGGGUGAUUUCGAGGAGAUUUAUGGGAGUGGACAGGAGUUAGACGUGAACGGGGAGGAACCGCAGUCUGGGAUGUGGGAUGCGGUCUUAACUUGUUUUUUCAUUGAUACGGCGAAGAAUAUUGUAAACUAUCUCAGGACAAUACAUCGGAUUCUUGCUCCUAGUGGGGUAUGGAUUAACAUGGGCCCCCUAUUGUGGCAUUGGGAAAACAACACCACGAACGAUCCCUCUGUCGAGUUGGAUCUAGAAGAAGUCAAAGAGCUCGCUCGGAAAAUCGGUUUCCAGAUCUCUCACGAGAGGACGAUAGACGCUACGUACGUCACGAAUUCAGAAGGAAUGCUAGGAUAUACUUAUCGUGCGGCUUUUUGGACUGCGACGAAACUGUAG